GCCCGGGGCUCAGAGCUAAUAGCCUAGCAGCCCGUGUGACUCCAAAACCUGCCCUGGGGUUAGCCCGUUCAGCUGCGGCACCCCAGGGGUCACCCCAAGGCGGUGUAGCUCUGGGCAGGGGAGACCAUGGCCCGCCUCUUCAGUCCGCGGCCGCCUCCCAGCGAAGACCUCUUCUACGAGACCUACUACAGCCUGAGCCAGCAGUACCCACUGCUGCUACUGCUGCUGGUGAUCGUGCUCUUCGGGCUCUUGGCGCUGCUCGCUGUUGCCUGGGCCAGUGGCAGGGAGCUGGCCUCAGACCCGGGCUUCCUGACCACUAUGCUGUGUGGGCUGGGCGGCUUCUCGCUGCUGCUGGGCCUGGCUUCCCGCGAGCAGCGAUUGCAGCGCUGGACGCGUCCCCUGUCGGGCCUCGUGUGGGCAGCGCUGCUCGCGCUAGGCCACGGCUUCCUCUUCACCGGGGGCGUGGUGAGCGCCUGGGACCAGGUGUCCUUUUUCCUUUUUGUCAUCUUCACCGUGUACGCCAUGUUGCCCUUGGGCAUGCGGGACGCCGCCGCCGCGGGUCUCGCCUCUUCACUCUCACACCUGCUGGUCCUCGGGCUGUAUCUUGGGCCUCAGCCGGACUCACAGCCCGCGCUGCUGCCGCAGCUGGCGGCAAACGCGGUGUUGUUCCUGUGCGGGAACGUGGCCGGAGCAUACCACAAGGCGCUGAUGGAGCGCGCCCUGCGCGCCACGUUCCGGGAGGCGCUUAGUUCCCUGCACUCCCGCCGGAGACUCGACACCGAGAAGAAGCACCAGGAACACCUUCUCUUGUCCAUCCUUCCUGCCUACCUGGCCCAAGAGAUGAAGGCGGAGAUCAUGGCACGGCUGCAGGCUGGACAGGGGUCACGGCCAGAGAGCACCAACAACUUCCACAGCCUCUAUGUCAAGAGGCACCAGGGAGUGAGCGUGCUGUAUGCUGACAUCGUGGGCUUCACGCGGCUGGCCAGUGAGUGCUCCCCUAAGGAGUUGGUGCUCAUGCUCAACGAGCUCUUUGGCAAGUUCGACCAGAUCGCCAAGGAGCAUGAAUGCAUGCGGAUCAAGAUCCUGGGAGACUGUUACUACUGUGUCUCCGGGCUGCCGCUCUCGCUGCCGGACCACGCCAUCAACUGCGUGCGCAUGGGGCUGGACAUGUGCCGGGCCAUCAGGAAACUUCGGGCAGCCACCGGCGUGGAUAUCAACAUGCGUGUGGGUGUGCACUCAGGCAGCGUGCUCUGCGGGGUCAUCGGGCUGCAGAAAUGGCAGUAUGAUGUCUGGUCCCAUGACGUCACUCUGGCCAACCACAUGGAGGCGAGUGGAGUGCCAGGACCUCCAGGAAUGAUCCUCGAAAGAAAUGAGAGAUUUGGAAGCCCUCCCUCCUGCUUCCCACUGCCCCCUCCUUCCAGACGAGUACAUAUCACAGGGGCUACGCUGGCACUGCUGGCAGGGGCUUAUGCUGUGGAGGAUGCAGCCAUGGAACACGGGGACCCAUACCUUCGGGAGCUAGGGGAGCCGACCUACCUUGUCAUCGAUCCCCGGGCUGAGGAGGAGGACGAGAAGGGCACUGCAGGCGGGUUGCUGUCCUCUCUUGAGGGCCCCAAGAUGCGUCCAUCACUGCUGAUGACCCGCUACCUAGAGUCCUGGGGUGCAGCCAAGCCUUUCGCCCACCUGAGCCAUGUGGAGAGCCCUGUGUCCACCUCCACCCCUCUCCCGGAGAAGGCCCUGUCUUCCUUCAGCCCCCAGUGGAGCCUGGACCGGAGCCGUACCCCCCGGGGACUAGAUGAUGAACUAGACACCGGGGAUGCCAAGUUCUUCCAAGUCAUCGAACAGCUCAACUCUCAGAAACAGUGGAAACAGUCAGAGGACUUCAACCCAUUGACACUGUACUUCAGAGAGAAGGAGAUGGAGAAAGAGUAUCGGCUCUCUGCACUCCCCGCCUUCAAAUACUAUACAGCCUGCACCUUCCUGGUUUUUUUCUCCAACUUCAUCAUCCAGAUGCUGGUGACAAACAGGCCCCCAGCUCUGACCAUCACCUAUAGCGUCACCUUCCUCCUCUUCUUCCUCCUCCUCUUCGUCUGCUUCUCAGAGCACCUGACGAAGUGUGUCUUGAAAGGCCCCAAGAUGCUGCACUGGCUGCCCACACUGUCUGUCCUGGUGGCCACACGGCCCGGACUGCGAGUUGCCCUGGGCACCGCUACCAUCCUGCUCAUCUUCUCCAUGGCCAUUACCAGCCUGGUCUUCUUACCGGCAGCAUCAAACUGCCCUUUCCGGGCUCCCAAUGUAUCCUCCACGGCUUCCAACCUCUCCUGGGAGCUCCCUGGGUCCCUGCCUCUCAUCAGCGUCCCAUACUCCAUGCACUGCUGCGUGCUGGGGUUCCUCUCCUGCUCCCUCUUCCUGCACAUGAGCUUCGAGCUGAAGCUGCUGCUGCUCCUGCUGUGGCUGGCAGCCUCCUGCUCCCUCUUCCUGCACUCCCACGCCUGGCUGUCCGACUGUCUCAUCGCCCGCCUCUAUCUGGGCACCUUGGACUCCAGGCCAGGGGUGCUGAAGGAGCCUAAACUGAUGGGAGCGAUCUCCUUCUUCAUCUUCUUCUUCACCCUCCUGGUCCUGGCUCGGCAGAAUGAGUAUUACUGCCGCCUGGACUUCCUGUGGAAGAAGAAGCUGAGGCAGGAGCAGGAGGAGACAGAGACGAUGGAAAACCUGACUCGGCUACUCUUGGAGAACGUGCUCCCCGCGCACGUAGCCCCCCAGUUCAUCGGCCAGAAUCGGCGCAACGAGGACCUCUACCACCAGUCCUACGAGUGUGUUUGUGUCCUCUUCGCCUCAGUCCCAGACUUUAAGGAGUUUUACUCUGAAUCCAGCAUCAACCACGAGGGGCUAGAGUGUCUGCGGCUGCUCAAUGAGAUAAUUGCUGAUUUUGAUGAGCUGCUCUCCAAGCCCAAGUUCAGUGGGGUGGAGAAAAUCAAAACUAUCUGCAGCACCUACAUGGCAGCUACAGGCUUGAACGCCACCUCCGGACAGGACGCACAGCAGGAUGCUGAGCAAAGCUGCAGCCACCUUGGCACCAUGGUAGAGUUUGCCGUGGCCCUUGGGUCUAAGCUGGACGUCAUCAACAAGCACUCAUUCAACAACUUCCGCUUGCGUGUGGGGUUAAACCACGGACCUGUAGUGGCCGGAGUGAUUGGGGCCCAGAAACCACAAUAUGACAUCUGGGGCAACACGGUGAACGUGGCCAGCCGAAUGGAGAGUACAGGCGUCCUGGGCAAGAUCCAAGUGACCGAAGAGACAGCCUGCGCCCUGCAGUCCUUAGGCUACACCUGCUACAGCCGGGGCAUCAUCAAGGUCAAAGGCAAAGGGCAGCUCUGCACCUACUUCCUGAACACAGAUUUGACACGAACUGGACCUCCCUCGGCCACCCUCGGCUGAGAACCCCACCCCCUCCUCCCACCUAUAAGAUCCUCCAUAAAGAUACUCUGGUAUGUCUGGUUUAGAAUUGAUGUCAGAAGCUACUAGUAUAUCUGGGGAGCAUCUUCUCCUCGCCUCUCAGUAGUAUGGCUUCUUCUCAGGCCAGACUGAGUGUUCGUGUGCGUGCAAGUGUGAGCAUGAGUGUGUUAAAAAGGAGUGAUUCUUUCUCACAAGCUCAGCAAGACGACUGCCUCAGCCUCCCUGCCUGCCUGCCAACGUGAUUCCAGUGUUUUGUACCCUUGGAAGCAGAAAGGAUUUUAUCCACAUGACUCAAAACAAAGACUUGUCCUUUCCUGCUCCCCAUCCACAAAUACUGGAAAGAAUCUCCAGUAAAAUAUCAUUUGAUCUUUA